AUGCCGCCGCGGGGCCCCGGCUCGCUGCUGCUGCUGGCCCUCGCCUCGCACUGCUGCCUGGGCCCGGCGCGCGGGCUGUUCUUCGGCCAGCCCGACUUCUCCUACAAGCGCAGCAACUGCAAGCCCAUCCCGGCCAACCUGCAGCUGUGCCACGGCAUCGAGUACCAAAACAUGCGGCUGCCCAACCUGCUGGGCCACGAGACCAUGAAGGAGGUGCUGGAGCAGGCGGGCGCCUGGAUCCCCCUGGUUAUGAAGCAGUGCCACCCGGACACCAAGAAGUUCCUGUGCUCGCUCUUCGCGCCGGUGUGCCUCGACGACCUGGACGAGAUCAUCCAGCCCUGCCACUCGCUCUGCGUGCAGGUGAAGGACCGCUGCGCCCCGGUCAUGUCCGCCUUCGGCUUCCCCUGGCCCGACAUGCUCGAGUGUGACCGUUUCCCCCAGGACAACGACCUCUGCAUCCCCCUCGCCAGCAGCGACCAUCUCCUGCCGGCCACCGAGGAAGCUCCAAAGGUCUGUGAAGCCUGCAAAAAUAAAAACGAGGAUGACAACGACAUAAUGGAAACUCUUUGUAAAAAUGAUUUUGCACUGAAAAUAAAAGUGAAGGAGAUAACCUACAUCAACAGAGAUACGAAAAUCAUCCUGGAGACCAAGAGCAAGACCAUCUACAAGCUGAACGGGGUGUCCGAAAGGGACCUGAAGAAGUCAGUGCUGUGGCUCAAGGACAGCUUGCAGUGCACCUGCGAGGAGAUGAACGACAUCAACGCGCCCUACCUGGUCAUGGGACAGAAACUGGGCGGGGAGCUGGUGAUCACCUCGGUGAAGCGGUGGCAGAAGGGGCAGAGAGAGUUUAAGCGCAUCUCCCGCAGCAUCCGCAAGCUGCAGUGCUAG